GGUGUGUGCAUGCAGCGUCUGCGAGGCGGGGUAGCCAUGGGAGGUCCCCAAGGUCAACAUCAGGUCAGCUCUACGGUGCACGACGAUGCCAUCCUCCAGCUGUGUGCUGACCUCCAUGACACAGAUGCAGCCUCUAUGCAACUCAAGGUCAUCAGAUACCUUGAGAAACAGACCAAUUCUGAAUGCUGUACACUUCUAGUGGUUUCAGAAGAUGCAAAUGAACUAUUCUGUCAGGUUAUUGGAGAGAAGGUCCUUGAAGAAGAAGUCCGAUUCUUGGUUCCCGUGUGCUGUUUUCAUUGUGUGCUCACAAGCAAGAAGGUUCUGAGACUGGACGAUAUCAAAGAGUGUGAGCUGGGUGACCUGAACAACAAACUGAAACUUGAGAUCAAGUCCUUGCUGGCCGUACCCAUCAUCAACCAAGCUACCUCCAAAGUGGUGGGCGUGGCAUGUGCAAUCAAUAAACGAGGUGCAAAGAAAUACACAAAUGCAGACGUCGAUGUGAUCAAACACUGCUUCAAAUACACAGUACCAGUCCUGACCAGUACAUUAGCACUGCAGAAAGAGACGCAGCUAAAACAUGAAACACAGUGCAUGCUUCAAGUAGCCAAGAAUCUAUUCACUCACCUCGACGAUGUGUACGUACUCCUGAGAGAGAUCAUGCAAGAAGCAAGGAACUUAACUCAGGCUGAAAGGUGUUCCCUGUUUCUUGUGGAAAAUGAUGAACUCGUAGCAAAAGUGUUCGACGGCCAGCUGGAAUCGGGAGACGAAGUACGGAUACCAAUCACACAUGGCAUUGCGGGCCAUGUAGCCAGUACAGGUAAAAUCUUGAACAUCAAGGAUGCCUACUCUCACCCUCUGUUCUACCGAGGAGUGGAUGAUAGCACCGGAUUCAGGACCAAGAACAUCCUAUGUUUCCCGAUCAGAGAUGGACCAACUGUCGUUGGAAUUGCCGAACUAUGCAAUAAAGUCAGUGGUUUGUUCUUCACAAAACACGACGAAGAUGUGGCAUCUGCCUUUUCCAUCUACUGUGGCAUCAGUAUUGUACAUAGUUUGCUAUACAAGAAGAUGAAGGAUGCUCAAUACCGCAGCACAUUGGCCAAUGAGCUUAUGAUGUACCAUAUGGAGGUCGGGGAUGACGAGUCGAAGAUUCUCCUGAGCAGCGAAAUCCCGUCAAUCAAACAGUUCAGUCCCCGGAUGUCAAAUUUCACAUAUUCCCCUCGCAGUAUUCCAGACUCGGACACAUUGAAGGCGUGCAUGUGUAUGUUUGACGACAUGAAUAUGAUCAACCGCUGGCGAAUCAACCGAAGAACCCUCGCCAAGUUCUGCAUGCUUGUCAAGAGGGGCUACAGGGACCCGCCGUACCACAACUGGUACCAUGCCUUCACCGUCGGUCACUUCUGCUAUCUUCUCUACAAGAAUAUGGACUCCCUCAAGGUCCUCACUGAGAUUGAGGUGUUUGCGUUAUUUGUGGCCUGUCUGUGCCAUGACUUGGAUCACAGAGGAACAAACAACAGCUUCCAAGUUCACUCGCAAUCAGUACUGGCGGCUCUCUACAGCUCUGAAGGUUCAGUCAUGGAGAGACAUCACUUUGCUCAGGCUAUGUGCAUCGUCAACACAGAGGGAUGCAACAUCUUUGAGAACCUCAACAGAGACGAAUAUCAGAAGGCCCUGGACCUGGUCCAGGACAUCAUCCUAGCGACAGACCUGGCCCAUCACCUCAGGAUCCACAAAGACCUGGAGAAGAUGGCCAGGGACGGGUACAACGUGGACGACCCGGAACAUCACAAGCUGCUGCUCUGCAUGCUCAUGACCUGCUGUGACCUCUCAGAUCAGACCAAGAACUGGUCCUGGACUAAGAAGAUUGCUGAGCUGAUUUACCACGAGUUCUUCAGCCAGGGAGACCUGGAGAAGGCCAUGGGCCUGGAGACACCGGAGAUGUUUGAUCGAGAGAAGGCUUGUAUUCCAGAGCUCCAGAUUGGAUUCCUGGACCACAUAGCUCUACCUCUAUACAGGGUACUGGGCCAGACGUUUCCCCAGACGAAAACCGUGGUGGAUGCGGUGGAGACCAACAGGGUGAUGUGGACGAAGCUGCGAGACGAGACCAAACAGAGACGGCUGAGCAGCACCAACUCACUGGACUUCUUCCACAUCCAGUUCAAGAGCGAGCUCAACGGAGAUAAGAUGGCCGAGGAGGACGAAGACGACUGCGAGGAGGAGACAGAAGCCAAAGCGCUGGAAGAGACGGAAGGAGAAAAGAUCGACCACAACGAAAAUUGCAAGUGAUGGCCGGUGAUGGUCGCGUGAUGUCUUGGACUCGUGGGAGGAUAGAGACAUCAUAAUUAUCCAUGUGAUGAGUUAUUGCUUUGAUUCGAUAAGCGUGGCAAGAUAGAGAAUUUGAGAUACGGGCGGUUAAAGUAGAAACCUGCCAUUGAUGGAUUGUAAGUAAGGAGUAAGCAAACUUUAAAGCAAGACGAAAGAUGCAGUUCUACUAUUCCUAGAUCGUCAUGACAACUGCACGAUAUAUAGCAGGCUAAAAAAAGCAAAUGACACAAUUUAAAAAUCUUUUUUUUUAGAUGAAAUGCAACAAGGAGAGAAGCAAUUUGGACGCAGUGUACUUAGAGAAUUCAUCAAUAAGAACAGAGAAGGAUACCUGGCACAACGAUAGAUUAGAUUGUAAAGGGAAUGAUUGUUAUCGCCAUGGUAACAAUGGAUAUCAAACUGAAUUGCUGAGGAGAUCUAGAUACACAAUCUUCAACCAACUAUACCCAAUGUCUUCAGUAUCUUAGAUUGCAUCUCUGCAUUUGAAGAGCAGGGAAUGGAUCAAAGGUUCAUCGAUAUAAAAUUUGGAUGCAGAAAGGGAAGGCAGCUGUGCCAAAGAUGUAUUCUUCACUACAGGACCCCGUUUCACAAAACUUGUCAUCAGUGACAAAUGACAGUCUUUGUUAUAAGCUACUGAAAUCCUUGCUUCUGAUUGGUUAUCAGCAGAUUUGUCACUGAUUUUUUUUUUUAUUUGUAAUCGAAAAAGGUUGUGUGAAGAAAAAAACCCAGGAUAAUCACUUCACUGGGUUCACCCCAAUGCAUUUGUUUGGGAGUGUUAUUUUGGUAAUACUCUGGUUUAAAACCAUGGUGUAUGAAGGUUGAUGUGAAUAUUAUAUACAGUGUCAUACAGUACAUGUACAACAGUGAAGGAAGAGGGCAGGAUGAGGGAGGGAGCGAU